AGAGCGAGAGAGAGAGAGGGAGCGACUCAUAACCCGUUUAGGCCAUUUGCAUUCACCAUCUUCAUCCCAAGAGCAUUGGCAGGCGACCCUCCCUGGAACCUCAAAACCGGUUUUUUUUUGGGCUACUCGCUGGCUGACGGGGUAUCUGGCUUACAGGCAUGUCAACUGUGAAGAUUUAUGUCGUGUUCUACUCCUUAUAUGGGCACGUGGAGACUAUGGCACGAGAAGUGCAGCGAGGAGCAAAUACUGUUCAAGAUGUUGAAGCAACACUUUGGCAGGUACCCGAAACGCUCUCUGAUGUGAUAUUGCAAAAGAUGAAGGCCCCCGCUAAAGCAGAUGAUGUGGCAGAGAUCAGGCCAGAACAGCUUUUGGAGGCUGAUGGCUUCAUAUUCGGGUUUCCUUCUCGAUUCGGAGUCAUGGCGGCACAAUUUAAGGCGUUCUUUGACGCCACUCACGAAAUAUGGGAGACUCAAGCACUUGCGGGCAAGCCUGCAGGAAUUUUCUGGAGCACUGGUUUUCAUGGAGGUGGCCAGGAGCUUACCGCAUUAACUGCUGUUACGCAACUAGCGCAUCAUGGAAUGAUAUUUGUCCCUCUUGGAUACACGUUCGGUAGUGGCAUGUUCGAGAUGAACGAGGUCAAAGGCGGCUCUUCUUACGGUGCUGGAACCUAUGCAGCCGAUGGGUCACGGCAACCCACGGAACUGGAACUUAAACAGGCUUUUCACCAGGGUAAGUAUGUUGCUGAAAUAGCUAGGAAGCUCAAACGCCCAAACCCCCAGACCUAACGACAAAGCAAGUAGUUGUACAUUUGAAUGGUGGAAAUUAUUUCGAAAAUUCAACUACAGAGUAUAGUUGAUAUAAACUGGUAAGUGUGACAUUUCAUAGUGAUUUAAGUACAAGACCCGCCAUUUUGUCCCUUACGUGGAUACCGACGUGGUGGUAUAGUUGCCGGAAAAGAAGCAUGUGAAGUAACUCAGCGACAAUGCGGGGGAUUUCAGAAAGGUUGUUUUGAAUGCACAAGAUGUGAAGAAAAAGCUCCACUUCUAACCAUUUA